GACUGUACAAGUGUGGGUUGAUGGAGCUGAGGAUGGUACACCUCGAGAUGCCCGAUGUCCAGCUGUGCACCAAUACUCUUUCUAUAAAUGACCUGCCAAACGAGAUACUAAUUUAUAUAUUCUCAAUGAUAGACUUUGAGUCUGUUUUAGCAGUAGCAAAAGUCUGUAUGCGAUGGCAACAACUGUGCCUGACUCCCUGUGUCUGGGACAAUACUCGCCUCAUAGUCUGCAUGAAAAACUAUGUGAGAAUAAGUGAAAGCAUUGUUCCAUUUGUUGCAAAGUAUGUAAAAAAUGUCAAGUUGCAAUAUUUCAAACUUUAUCCCCAGGUGAGGGCUUCACUGAUAAGUUAUUGCCCUAAUUUGACUCACUUAGAAAUAAGUAUUUCUCAAGUUGAUAGUUGUAUUUUUGAUGAUUUGGGUCACUGGCCUAAUUUAAAAUUCUUAAGUUUUCGCAACUCUCUAAUAAUACAAAACCCAGAAAAUGCUAAUGGGAAUUUUGUUUACCACUUACCAUUUGAAAAAUUAAAGUGCCUUGAAACUUUAAUCUUAUCUAAUUUUGCAUUGACACAGAACAGUUUAUACAGCAUGCUGCAGUGUCCCAAUUUAGUCAGUAUUAACAUUGAAAAAAUGAAGAAUAUACCUGCAGAUUUUCUGGAAUCUUUACUCACUACUAAACAGAGCACAUUGAGAUCAUUACACAUUUACGGGGAUACAUUGAAUGAUGAUAUCAUCCGUUACAUAUCAAGCUGCAGGGUACUGCAGGUUCUGCACAUCAUGACAUGCAAAACAUUGUUUGAUUCUAGUUUGCUUCACUUGUACCGACUAAAGAAUUUACAUUCAUUAAAAUUGCGUCAUUCAUUUUUUUCCACAAGUGCUUUACUUGCAUAUUUUUCUAACAACACAUUCUUGAAUCUGACCUACCUGAGUCUGUCAAGAUGUCACCAUGUCACUAUGCAAGUAGCUAAGGCAAUCAAAACUAGUGCACCCAAUUUAAAAGAGCUCUCAUUCUAUCUUUGUCCAUUUAUAAUUGCCCCCAAUUUUAACCGGUCAGAGCUAGAAAAAAUGUUUGAUAUACAGUUAUUGCUUGAUUGAAUGCAAAUUGAAUCAUAAUAGAGUGUUUAGUGACUAAAGCAGUUUAGAUCUCCGUCCACCUUUAUACAAUAUAAUAUAAAUAGCAUUAUCUAAUAUUAAUUAAACAUUUUUCAUUUUAAUAUGAAAAAGAAAAAUUGUUUGACAAAUUGGUAUUUUUCAUAAAAAAUCAUAAAGUGCAAUUUUUAUUAUAAUAGGUAUAAAUUAAUGUUGGAUUUUAUUAAUGAAAACUUAGAUAUAAUAAAUGAUGAUUUUAUGUCUUAUAAUUUUUAGUUGUAGGUUGUGUUGUGCUGGAUGUGUCAACUAAUUCUCGUAAUUUUAAUUUGAUUGAUUUUGCAAACAAUCAGUAUUUUUAAAACAGGUCAAAUGCAAGUCAUACUUGCUCUUCCUCUACUUAAAGAUUUAAGUUUCAUGAUAUACCUAAUAUCAUGAUGACACUCUUGUGCACUUAUGAAAUUAAAGUUGUUGAUUUCUACAUUAGUUUAUCCAUAGAAUUCUAGAUAGGUGUUCCAUAUAAUUUGAGGGACUGUGUACCUUCUUGUGACAAUAUUUCUUUGGUAUUAUUAUUAAUUUAUUAUGCUUAAAUCUUAAAAGUAUUACAAUUGUAUGUUUAAUGGUAGAUUAUCUUUUGUCUUGUAUUUAUUUUAUUGGUGUUUUAUAAAAGAAAAGUAUAUUGAUAUCAGUGGAUUACCACCUCUGAUAAUGUUGUCUACAAUCUACAAUAUUGUCAAUAAUUGAAAUUAAUGUGCCUUAUCAAUAGUUACAAUAUAAUGUCUUGUUGAUUUAUGAAAACACUAUUUU